UUUAUUAAAUAAUUAAAUGGCAAGAGGUACACCAGCAAUCGGUAAAAGACAUUAAAAGACUCAUACUUUCUGCAAGAGAUGUGGUAGAUAAACAUUCCACAUUUAAAAAAACAGAUGCGCAUCAUGUGGAUACCCAGCUGCUAGAUUAAGACUCUACAGUGGAUGGGGUGAAAAGGUCGCCAGACGUAGAUCAACUGGAACAGGAAGAAUGAGAUAUUUGAAAUCAAUUGCUAGAAGAGCAAAGAAUGGUUUUAGAGCAGGAACUUAAGCAUAACCAAAAGUUAAAAAUACAUAGAAAAAGUGAUUUAAUCAAGCUAUUAUUACAAAAUAGUACAUUAAAUUUUCACAUAAUCUUAUUCA